AAAGAAGCAAGAACUCGCGUAAAAAACCGUCAACAAAUAUAGUUGGGUGUUCUACUGUUGGUGACUGCUGCCAACUCUUUUCGUAUAACUGCGUAGUUUGCAUAUCCCUAGAUUUGUUGUUUUGAGAAAGCAGUUUUUAUUCUUAAUCCCUUGUGCUGCAACAAUCCCACACAAUUUUAUUGCUAGAAGAGUAGUUAACAGAAAAAUACAUACUGUGUCAGUACAUAAAUUUGUACAGUGUUUCUUCAAUCGUCAAGUGAUAUCUCUCUCCGAGCCUUUGUGUUUCAUUUCCCAUCGGCCAAAUCGUCAAUGAGGAGUUCAGCUAAAAGACACAGUAGAAGCAUCAUUACACAGGAACCACAAACAGUGACAAUAACACAGGGAUAUAGCUUUCGUGUCAUGGAAACAUUCAGUCUUUUCAUUAAAAAAGGUGUUUUUUGUCAUCCAAGAAGUGUUUUAAGAAACUGAAUAGAAGCAACUGUUGUGCCUGUGACUUAUUGUUCUUAAAUUUUAAAGUGAGAAAACUAAUAAUUUGAAGAUGAAGCUUUUAGAGAGUAGCCGCUUUGAACAAGUUAACUCUGCCCUUAAUAUGUUUACGGGAGAUUGCAACAUAAUUGGAAGGAUUGAAAGUUAUUCAUGCAAGUUGGCAGGACAUGAAAAACAACUCUACAAGCGUUUCCAUUCAGAGGCUGGGGCUGGUCCGCACGAUCUCCAGGUGUUAUCCGCGCCUCAAACUGCGCUGGCUGUUUCACCAACUGGAGGUUAUUUUACCAGCCAGAGUUGCAGUGUUUCAGGAGAUGAGGAGGGCCCGUUAUGUGACACAAUAAGCCGCAAAACAUUAUUUUAUCUAAUCGCUACGCUGAAUGCUUCCUUUCAUCCAGACUAUGAUUUCUCUUAUGCCCGCAGUGAAGAGUUUAGUCGCGAACCAUCGGUUCAGUGGGUAAUGAAUGCAGUCGAUAAUAACCUUAGUGCCACAGCUGGAGAUCUCUACAAUUCAAAAUUACAUGCUCAGCUCUGGGCUGCUAUUAACGAUGAAAUAAAUCUACCUGAAUGUGACAUCUACAGUUACAACUCGGAUCUGGCGUCAGAUCCUUUUGGUGAAGAUGGUUCGUUAUGGUCGUACAAUUACUUUUUCUACAAUCGGAAAUUGAAGCGCAUUGUUUUCUUAACUUGCAGAGCCGUCAGUUUGAACCACAUGGAUCUAAGUUGCGGCGGAGAAUUCACAAUGGAUGAAGAAGCCUUCCUAUAGAGCGGGAGCAAAAAGCCAAUAGCACGCAGAACUAAACCCGACUCUUAAUGUCAAUGUUUUAAUAACAUUUAGUCGUCACAAUUUUAACGUUCGAUCUGUGUUUUACCUAGACUUUUUACAUGAUAAGACGUUAGGAUUCUUAGUGAAAGCCGUACGAUCAGAUUUUCAGUAUCGUCUGAUGCAUGUCAGACAUUGUUUACGGGGAAUUCCUUGGAUAUCUGUCUUUCCGUGUUUUUAUUUUCCGUGUCCCCCCAUUUAAUUUAAAAAUAAAACGCGGUUAUUUUCAUUUUUAUCAUCGAUUAACGUCAAAUGCGAAUACACGGAAACAUAUUUACCUCAA